AUCGCGAGGAGAAUGCAGUCACCUGCUGUUAUCGUUGCAUAACGUACCGGGUAGACGAUGCGAUCCACGAAGAACUCCGACUACAUGAUGAUGUUGGCCACCUACGGGCUACGAUUCCUCGUGGUCGUUUUCAUGAUCGCGGCUGCGGCCACGUUUUUGCACGUGAACAAUUACAGGCCCAAGCAAAUAUUCCUCUCCUGCGACAGACCAUGCCACCACUUAGACUGGCCCAUGAUUUGCAGGUUGAAGCUCACUUUAGAAGUGUUCCAGUCACUUAGCAAAUCGUGUGGCGAUUGCCCGCAAAAUGAAACCGCUUGUUUGACCAAGCAUUGCGUCUCGGCGGAUGGACACAGACGUGGUAUACUAACGGCGAAUCGUCAACUGCCUGGACCAACCAUUCAGGUUUGUGAGAACGACAUCUUGGUUGUGGACGUGAUUAAUCGACUUCCGGGUAAAGCUGCCGCAGUGCACUGGCGUGGUCAAUCGCAGAUAGAAUCGCCGUAUAUGGACGGCGCCCCUCUGGUCACACAGUGUCCGAUACCGAGCUAUACUACUUUCCAGUACAAGUUCCGCGCAUCCGUCGCUGGAACUCAUCUGUGGCACUCUCACGCCGGGGCUGACGUCAGCAACGGCGUGUUUGGAGCGUUGAUCGUCAAGCAGGCAGACAUACGAGAUCCACAUCGGCCCUUGUACGACAUCGACGACCCGAAUCACGUGGUUUUGCUCAGCCACUGGCAACAUCUACCUGAAAUCGCGCUCACCGAAGGCCACGUGAAACCGGCGAUUCUUUUGGUGAACGGAAGGGGACGUCAAUCAAACGGACCAAACGUCCCCUAUACACGAUUCACGGUGAUUCCAGGACGUCGCCAUAGGUUCCGCGUUGCGAAUGCUGGCGGUGCUGGAACCUGUCCAAUAACUAUCUCUAUCGACGCUCAUCCUAUUCUUCUGAUUGCCCUGGAUGGGCAUCCAGUAGAACCACGGCAAGUUACAUCGAUUACUUUGGCCAAAGGCGAGAGAGCAGAUUUCAUCCUCAAAGCGAACAAAGCAAUCGCUUCCUACUGGAUGAACUUACACACAUCGAAGGAAUGCGGAACAAAACCCAUAAACGGCGCAGCGAUUUUGAGAUACAAAGGAAGUACGACGAAAGAACCGCAAUCUGUGACGGAAACCACCGAUCAACUGGAAGUCGAGGAAUCGAUGCGUCGACUAGCGAUGACGACCAAUCCCGCGGAGAAGUGCGGCAAUCCUGAAAAUCUGUGCGUGACGGAAAUACAAUCGUUGCGAAAAAUGCCCACCGUUCUCAGAGCACCGAAAACCGACGUCACCAUUCGUCUGCCUAUUAAUUACAAAAUGCAAACGAACGACAUCGUAGGAAACAGCGGAGCAGAGAUGAGAAUUCUGAACGUGAACAACGUGACGUUCACGUAUCCGUCGUCGCCGCUGUUGACUCAGGGCACCGACGUUACCGAGGAAACUCUCUGCUCUUCCACCUCCGACGACAACGACGACGCUCGUAACGAGAACAACGAAACUGCGUCGUUGUCGUCGCGACGCUGCCGUCGCGGUGACGGUCUCGCUUCGGACACGUGUGAGUGUGUUCACGUGAGAUAUGUACCGCUCGGGGCGACCGUCGAGAUCAUCCUCCUCGAUCAAGGUGGCUUCGACGAUUUGGUGUACCAUUUGCACGGAUACAGUUUCUACGUGGUGGGAGCAAGGAAAUUUGGACGAAGCUUGCCUCUGCAAGAACUGAAAGAUCUGGACGAGAAGGGACAACUGUUUCCUCGGAAUCUGGACUGCACCGUGGCCAAAGAUACUGUGGUUGUACCGAAAUUCGGCGCGGUUGCUCUCAGGUUUAAGGCGGAUAAUCCAGGUUACUGGAUGUUACGGGACGAGCAUGCAGCUGAGUGGACGCGUGGUUUGGACGUUGUUCUCCAAGUUGGAGAGACGAGUGAUAUGGUACCUGCGCCACAGGACUUCCCCAAAUGUGGAUCCUUCGUAGGACCCGAUUAUUUUCUCAUAUAG